GCCGAGGUACCUUGGCUGGUACUCUCAGAGGGCAGCUGGGAGCAGAGGGAAGCAUGUCUGCACCAUUUGAGGAGCGAAGCGGGGUCGUGCCUUGCGGGACACCCUGGGGCCAGUGGUACCAGACCCUAGAGGAGGUGUUUAUAGAAGUCCAGGUGCCACCGGGCACUCGCGCGCAGGAGAUCCAGUGCGGCCUGCAGAGUCGGCAUGUGGAGCUCGCUGUGCGGGGCCAGGAGAUCCUCAAGGGCAAACUCUUUGAUUCUACAAUAGCUGAUGAGGGAACAUGGACAUUAGAGGACAGAAAAAUGGUUCGUAUAGUUCUUACCAAGACAAAGAGAGAUGCAGCAAAUUGUUGGACCUCUCUCUUAGAAACUGAAUAUGCAGCUGAUCCAUGGGUACAGGACCAAAUGCAAAGGAAACUUACCUUGGAGAGAUUCCAGAAAGAAAACCCGGGUUUUGACUUCAGUGGAGCAGAAAUCUCAGGAAACUACAGUAAAGGUGGACCAGAUUUCUCUAGUCUUGAAAAAUAAAAACUGCCAUUUUUCACUGUUCCAUGGAGCCUAGAAGAUGUUGCCAGUGUAAAAGGAAUGGAUUAUGUGAUAGAAGAAAAUUUCACUUGCUUACACAACUGAAUGAGAAUUGUAAAACAUUUAAAUAUGACUUCAAAGAAUACAUUCAAACUGUAGUUUACAUAGAAAACAUUCUGAAUUUCAAUGGAAACUUUUCUAGAGAAAUGGUCUUUUUUUGGACUUUGCUCAGCAGGACAUUUUAAACAAGUUUUGAACUCUUAUUAAUUUGUUAUGCAGUAGGCCAUAAUCAUGUAAAACUCAAGUGUGCCUUCAGGGGAAAUUAAGUUUUUCUUUGGAAAACUGUAAUUCAGAAUAACUGUCAAUAAAGCUUUCUAAUUCCCACAUGGGAUAGGUGUUACCCACCAAUUUUAGAGUACCAAAGGGAAAUGAUUAACUUUAAACAUUCCAACAGGUGUUGGAUAUUAACAGUAUAUUAAAUGGAAAAAUAAAGUCUUAUUCCUAAACUGUCAUAAUAUUCCUAUGAAACUUAGUUCUAUUUUAGUUUCAAAUAAGUUAAAUGCCUUUUAAUACUAAACAUUUUUUUAUGAGCAUAAGGGGAGUAGCUUAAAAAAUAUAAUGUAAAUACAGCAUCUUUAUAGGAAAUGUAACACAAUAAACAACUUUAGCCAUCAAUCAUUAGCUCCCUUUGGAUAGACAGGGGUAAAAGCUGUCCUGUAUAAGCAAGAACAUUGUAAUUUUGUUGUUUCUACCAAUUUACUAUUUUAUGAAAAUCAGAUUGUUGAUAUUUUUUCCUAUAAUUUUGUAUAAAACUGUAGU